ACUACAAAAGUGUGCGGUUUCACUCGGGUCCCAGCCCCUCCAUCCUGACUGACCAUUCUGAUCUGCUGCAGCAGCUCCCUGAGCAGAAUGGUUUGGCUUGUUCCGAUGCUCUUUGGCAUCCAGGCGCUCUGUUCCUGCGCUGCCGCCCCUCCUGCCCGCGGAGCAGCGGUCGCGCUGCUCUCCCCGCGCUGCGACGACGCGGCAGUCGAGGAGGCUGCAGACCUGGCUCUCCGCCAGAUCAACGCUGACCGAGCAGAGGGUUACAUACUCAGCCUCUACCGAAUUUCCAGCGUCCGAGAACAACCUCAGGAGAUCACUGGUUCCGUCUUCUAUCUCAUCCUGGAUGUGGUAGAUACUGAAUGCCACGUACUCAGCAAAAAACUGUGGAAGAACUGUAACACCAGACCUGCUCACUCAACUGUUUAUGGUCAAUGCAAAGCCAUUAUCUACAUUAAUCAGGCAAGAAAUAUUUCUCAUCUCAAUACUUAUGAGUGCACUUUACAACCAGUUCCAUCCAGAUAUAUUUGGUCAGUAUGUCCUGACUGCCCAGUUGAUGACAGUCCAACUAAGCCCGAAUAUUUGGAUGCUGCUGUUCAAAGUCUUGCCAAGUUCAACAAAGAGAGUGAACAAACUCAUUAUUUUUCUGUCCUCAAUGUCACAAGAGCUUCAAUGCAGUGGGUCGUUGGUCCUGCAUAUUUUGUAGAGUUUUUGAUUCAGGAGACAUCCUGCUCCAAAAAGGACACAGUUGCUGACAUCUCCAAGUGUGAGCCACUUCCAUCGGAAGCAGCUCAAAUCGGAUUCUGCAAAGGCUCUGUAGUAAACAGCCGCAUGGAAAAGUUUGUUACAGUAUCCUGUGAAAUCUACAGUCACAAGGAUCCUGCCACUGAAGAGGAGAAACAGGAAGCUAAUCAGACACCUGGAAAAUCCAGCCAGAAUCAACAAGCUUCCCAUUCAGAAGCCGAGCCUUUCUCCCCACACCUGGAAAAAACAGUGGGCUGGGUUAAAAUUCUACCCCCUUCAAAUGAGGACAUCAGUUUCUAUAGCCUAAGAGAAAGUCAAAAUGAACAUAAAGAUGAAAAGCCAGUUCCACCUAAGGCUGUAGGAUCUACAUCCAGUUUUGAUGGAGAAAAGACUCAAGUAAACAAACCAGACUUGACCAAACCAGUCACUGGACCAGUUAUUCUCCCUUUUCCUGAAGAACCUUCUCUAUCAGACUCGUGCCCAGGAGAAGCAAAGCAGAUGGAUGGCAUCCUUCAUCCUUUGAUAACUAGAAAGCCUACCACAGUCUAGCCAGCAUCCAACCACCUCAGCUAUCUGUAACAAAAUAACAGCCACAGUGGCAACCCAGUCUUUCAAUUUGUGUAACAUCUUCAAGUAAAUAAAUUGCUUAUUACAGUCUUCA